AUGACGUCAAACCAAGAGCUUAAGAAAGCAUACAGAAAGAUGGCGAUGAAAUACCACCCAGACAAGAAUCCGAAUGCUGGAGAUAAAUUUAAGGAGAUUUCACAUGCAUAUGAAGUAUUAUCAGAUCCUAAAAAGAGACAGAUUUAUGAUGAGGGUGGGGAACAGGCGAUUAAGGAGGGAGGAGGGAGAGGGGGAGGAGCAGGGUUCAGUUCUCCAAUGGAUAUGUUUAACAUGAUGUUUGGCGGAGGAAUGGGAGGAAACGGCGGAAGACAAUCAAACAAAACUAAACCUAUGAUUCACAAACUAUCUGUUAGCCUGGAGGAACUAUAUAAUGGAAAGGUGCGCAAGCUUGCCGCGUCCCGUGAUAUCCAGUGUACAGAUUGUGGCGGGAAAGGAGGAUCCAACGUGAAAACCUGCCAGGGCUGCAAGGGCCGAGGAAUGAAGAUUCAAACAGUUCAAAUGGGUCCAGGGAUGGUUUCACAAUCUCAGGCUAUCUGCUCGGACUGUGAUGGGCGGGGAGACAUUAUUCCUCCCUCUAGUAGAUGUAAGAAUUGUAAAGGAAAACGAACAGUAAAGGAGAAGAAAGUUAUUGAAAUGACCAUAGAGAAGGGAUGUCCAAGUGAUUUUAAAAAGAUUUACUACGGAGAGGUAAAGCAACAUUUUUCUUAUACAAUGGGAACCAAAGAUCUAUGGAAUAGAAAUACGACUAUGAGAUACUAUUUUUUAAUUGAUGAAACAUUUAAUCAAACUGAACACACAACCUUCCAGCGACACGGGAAGGAUUUAACGAUGAAGAUGGAUAUAGAUGUUAGUGAAGCACUCUGUGGAAUGACAAGAUUAGUUAAAACUUUAGACAACAGAACACUGUGCGUGGUAACCCAGCCUGGGGAGGUGAUCAAGCAAGCUGACAUUAAAUGUAUUCCAAGUGAGGGAAUGCCAACACAUAGGGAUCCCUUUAACAAGGGUAAACUAAUUAUUAUCUUCAACAUUAAUUUCCCUGAAAAACUGGAUCCAUCAACAGCUAAGAAGAUCGCUGCUCUUCUACCUAAAGUUACAAAACCCGAAAUUGAAUCAAAACUUCACAUGGAUUCUAUUUUUGCAUGA